CAGAAUAGGGAAGUCUGUGUUGUUUUUCUCCUCGCUCUCAGUCUCUACUGGCUUCAGAUCGACUCCACGGCCUCGCGAUGAGCCUUUCGACCAAUGACAGAGCAGUGCGCACGCUGCGCGCGCCAAUUGCAAACACAACGCCGAGAAUUCGCCUUUUUUUCUAAAGGGGCGUAUUUUUCUUGCCAAUUUAAUUACAAACCAACAUUCAAUGCACACGAUACACUCUGCAAUAAUGUCAGGCGCCUAUUUGAAACACUCGAGUACCGUGUCAAAGUGAUAGUGUUGUGUAAACACCCGGGAUACUUGUUUAGAAAGGUUUUUGUGGGAGGUCUCAUCAAUGGAGGGUUGAGGAAGCCCGUCUUGCUACAGAAGAGGACGCUGUCGCUUCCCGGACCUGGAUAUGACCGGCAUUCUCUUUCGUUUCGAGCGAUCGAUAAAACAAGGACAACUCCAAUGAGGAAGUUAAGAAAACGAGUUGGCCAGUCCAGGGAUGGAGGCUUUGGGAGAGGAAUGGUCAGAGGAGACAAUCUGGGUCAAGUUGGUCCGCCCAGCCAGGUGGACACUUUACUCUGUCCACCUUCUCCAUGCAGACUGAACCUCUCUACAGCCAGAGACACACUUACAUAUGCACAGGCUCAGAAAAUGGUGGAGAUUGAGCUGGAAGGAAGGCUCCACCGGAUCAACAUCUGCAACCAGCUCUCUGUCGUAACCGAGGACGAGAUGCUGGCUCAGGAUCUUACAGAGUGCAACAGUAACAAAGAGAACAGUGAGCAGAGACGGGGAAACAAACGACCCACAUCUAAAAGCGAGCGGAAAGAUGGCAAACACGCAGCCAAAAAGAGAUCAAGCUCUCAGUAUGGCUUGCGAAACCAGGUCGCCCAUAUCCAAACCCCCUUGCCUAAGCCUACGUUUCGUAAGGUGGACACUUUCACGGCUUCAGAGGCUCCUCCUCAUCCUGUGGAUUAUUACCGCUACAUGGAGAAGUCGGGUGAGGAGCUGGACAACGAGGCAGAGUAUGACAUGGAUGAGGAGGACAUGGCUUGGCUAGAGAUGGUCAAUCAGAAGCGUGUGUCCGAUGGACAUGCCUCGGUCCCCCCUGAUACAUUCGAGUUACUGAUUGACCGACUUGAGCGAGAGUCCAUUUUGGAGUCCCGGAGCCAGAUGCUGUCCCAGAGCACUAUUGACGAGGAUGCCUACUGUUGCGUUUGCCUCGACGACGAGUGUCUCAACAGCAACGUCAUCCUGUUCUGCGACAUCUGUAACCUCGCCGUGCACCAGGAAUGUUACGGGGUGCCUUACAUCCCUGAGGGCCAGUGGCUGUGCAGGCGCUGUCUGCAGUCCCCUUCACGCCCCGUCGAUUGUGUCCUCUGUCCGAAUCGGGGAGGUGCAUUUAAGCAAACCAGCGACGGAAGUUGGACCCACGUCAUCUGUGCUAUAUGGAUCCCUGAAGUGUGCUUUGCCAACACCGUGUUCCUGGAGCCCGUGGAGGGAGUGAAGAACAUUCCUCUUGCACGAUGGAAGCUCACCUGUUACCUCUGCAAACAGAAAGGCAGGGGAGCAUCUAUCCAGUGUCACAAAGCGAACUGCUACAAGGCAUUUCACGUCACUUGUGCCCAGAGAGCCGGUCUCUACAUGAAAAUAGACCCCGUGCGGGAGACUGGUGCCAAUGGCACUACUUUUACUGUGAAGAAGACUGCUUAUUGCGAGAAUCACUUGCCUCCUGGCAAAGGCACUGAGGGGGAUGAAGACAAUGGGUUGGUUGGGGGCAGGGGUAACAGAGGUCAAAGGUCAUACACAUUAGGCCCUCCGCUGCAGCAAAACCAGAAUGGGAGGAAAAAAGGUUCAGCCGCACAACAGAAGAAAACAGGGACCUCACGGAAGACAGGAGUGCCGCUUCUGCUGGUGCCGCAGAUACCUUCCUUUAGGCUCAACAAGAUUUGCACAGGGGUUUCUGUUGAAAGGAAGAAUCAGUUUAUGCAGAGGCUCCACAAUUACUGGCUGCUAAAGCGUCACUCUCGUAAUGGAGUGCCGCUCAUCCGCCGGCUCCAUUCUCACCUACAGGCUCAGAAGUCUGAGCAGAAAGAACCAGAUGCAAAGUUGCAGGCUGUUAGAGAAGAGCUAAAGUAUUGGCAGAAGCUUCGUCAGGACCUGGAAAAAGCUCGACUUCUUAUUGAGCUCAUACGAAAGAGAGAGAGACUUAAAAGGGAACAGAUGAAACUUCAGCAGGCUACCCUGGAGCUGCAACUUACCCCUGCGCUGGUGUUUCUGCACUCUACACUUGAACAGCUGCAGGAGAAGGAUACUGAUCACAUUUUUACCACACCUGUGGAUUUGAAAGAGGUUCCAGACUAUCUAGAGUUUGUUUCUGAGCCGAUGGACUUCUCUAAGAUGUGUGACAAGCUGGAGGCCCAUAAAUACUCCUCAGUGGCUGACUUGGAAAGUGAUUUCAAUCUCAUGAUAUCCAACUGUCUGAGGUACAACUCUAAUGACACGGUGUUCCACAAAGCUGCCAUGCAACUUCGAGAGGUGGGCGGAGCUAUUCUGAGACACGCCCAACUUCAGGCUCUCAGCAUAGGCCUCGAUCCCAUCACAGGCAUGCACCUGCCAGAAAAGCCCAGCUCACACAACGCCACAGUCUCCUGGUGGGAUGAAGUUGACUUGAUGUUGGACCCGGAAAAUCGUGUGCACAUGUCUCCUGAAGACCAGCUGAAAACCCUGCUGGACAAACUGGAUCUGGUGUCUUCUAUGCGCACCAGCGGAGGUCGCACAAAACGCAUGCGACUGCUGCGCAGAGAAAUUAACAGCCUCCGUUACAAAAUCAGCCACCAGGACUGCAACUCACGACUGCUGAAUGGGAAUAUUAAACAGGAAAAGAGCGAUGAGAAGAUGGAUUACAUGACCUCCCAUACAGCUGAAGAUCCCAAGAAAUCAUCAUUGCAGAAAGAGCAAGAACCCACUUGUCCGGCCUCUUCACCUUUACCUGGAGAUGCUCCACCAAACCCACCUAUCUUCAGCCUUGAGACAGGGCGGACCACCACAGCACAGUCAGAUAAACCUGGCAGCAGAAAACAGAGGGCAAAAGCAAAAGAAAGGGGCCUGAAAGAAAAUCACGAUCAGACUUUAGAAGAAGACAAGAACUCCAACCCUGUGAUGAGGGUUUCCUCCACAAAGAGCCCACCUGACUCCCCCAAAAUGGGUGUGGGUCGUCGAACAGCGAUCCUCUUCAAGAAAGCUAAAAAUGGAACUAGACUGGCAAAGGACAAGGCUGUUUUAUUGCAAAAUGGAGUCAGCAAAGCUGAAAAUGAUGCAUUGUCGGAGCAGGCCACACCAGCCAAAUUAUUGUCACCAGCCCCAAAAUCGCCCUCUCCGUCCCCUCACCAGCUGAGAUCCAGAGGACUAAGUUCAUGCUCAGACAGCGAAGGAGAAAAUGCCCACUCUCCACCUGAAGAGAACGGCUUCACAAAUGGACUCAAGAGACACAGCGGCAACUCAUCAGAUUCAGAAAGCUGCACUCCCACCUUCCCAGCACACAGUUCCUCACCUCCAAAACGCAGUCGUGGUAAACCAGCUCUCAGCAAAGUUCCUGUUGGUGAGGAGGAGAACAGUGUUUCCAAUGCAAGCAAAGAAACUUAUCAGAAUGAUGAGCUGGAACCUCUUACCUUGGUUUGGGCAAAAUGUCGUGGAUACCCCUCAUACCCUGCAAUGAUUGUCAAUCCUAAUAUGCCCCGGGAAGGAAUUCUUCAAAACGGCAUCCCCAUCCCUGUGCCUCCUACAGACGUUUUGGAUCUGGGUCAACGCAGAAAGGAGGAGACCGAGGAGAAGCUCUUUCUUGUGCUGUUUUUUGAUACAAAAAGAACCUGGCAGUGGCUGCCGUUGGACAAGCUCCAUCACAUGGGCAUUGACGACACUGUAGACAGAUUACGUCUGAUGGAGGGCAAGAAACCGAAUGUGCGCAAGUCAGUGCACAGGGCGUAUGACCGGGCGAUGACACACCUGAGCCAAGUGAAGGAAAACUCAACCUUUAACCCCUCAAAUUUUAUAUAGAGGAUUUCUAUUAAAUGUAUUGGUAAACGGACUGUAAGGUACCAGUGAAGACACGUUCAGAACAUUCAGUUGUUUAUUGGUUUUUAUUCCAGUGAAAGGCUGAUUCAUAAGCUCAUUUUUAUUUAUUUAAUAAUUCUUCUGUCUUGUUUUCCUACCAUCCAUAACUCACUUUUAACCUUCUCAUUCAACUAAGAUUUUUAAGAAUGUUUUAAAUUCACUUGUUGUAAUUGCACUUAUUUCUUCUGUAUGUUGAAAAUGUUUUGCCACUCGUUUUUAUUGAACGUGAGCUGAUCGUAUCACUCAUGUUGCCAAUGUGCCAAGGGUGUUCAGGCAACAAAGUUCAGGAGCUAGAUGCCUUUUGUAACACUUAACUUCAAGCUACUGGUUAAUCAUUCUAGCAUGAUCAUAUAUGCUUUUCGUCUUUAUCAGAUUCCAGCUUCUGAGCGUCUGGUGUUUAACUACCAUGACAGUUUUAACCUACUGUGAGAUGCCAUUGAAUGGAAAUAGUCAUAUAUUUGGCAGUGCUUAUACCCAGCACCUGUUUUGUGUCCUUUAAGUUAAUAUGUGCUGUUUAUUUGAAAGAAAAAGGAUGUGUCUGUUGACGAGAUUGUAAUUGUCGGUGGAGAAGAUCAGUGUGUAAAUAUAAAUGCAUGUAGAAAAUAUGCAGAUGCGUUUUAAAAUCUGAAAUGUAAAUUAAUGGCAAACUUUGUAUAUGUCAUUUUAAUUUAUUUGGAGUGGUUAUGGAAAAGUUAUUUAAUAGUAAUUGAGAAGGUUUAAUUGAACCGCUCUGUUGAGCUUUAUAUUAUUCAGAAAGCAUUACAACUUUAAUGCAAUUGUUCCUUAGUGGUCUACAGUGAGAGAACAUUAUAGAAUAAAAUACUAUGUAGUCUCUUAGAUCAUGUAUGUAGAGUAAAAAAGAAAUGUUUUUUAAAGCCUGUGGGGAAAAAAGCUAAUAGUACCAAACAGAAAAAAAAUGUCUGAAACAGUAUUUUCUCAAACGAGAAAUAAAAACACUGUCGAGCAGC